AGGGGACUUGGUCCGGCGACUCGGUCGGGGGCCGGAGACGGACAGGAACAGCGGUCCGGGACCCGCGCUGCCCCCACCCUUCCUGAGCAGGCGACCCCAUGGCCCGACCCCGCUGAUUCCUUCACUCGGCCAUGCUCCCGCGGCCCCUGCGGCUGCUUUUGGACACGAGCCCCCCCGGGGGAGUCGUGCUGAGCAGCUUCCGAAGCCGAGACCCGGAACAGGGUGGGGACCCAGGUGGCCGGGUCGUGGGCGGGGGUCAGGAGGAAGAGGAGGAGGAGGAAGAAGAAGAGGCCCCUGUGUCAGUCUGGGAUGAGGAAGAGGAUGGUGCCACCUUUACUGUCACAAGCCGCCAGUAUCGGCCUCUUGAUCCCUUGGCUCCCACUCCUCCCCCACGUUCCACCCGACAACUCCGAGCUGGCACUCUGGAGGCGCUGGUUAGACACCUGCUGGACACCCGGACAUCAGGGGCUGAUGUGACCUUCACAUCAGCCUUCCUGGCCACUCACCAGGCUUUCACCUCCACACCUGCCCUGCUUGGGCUUGUGGUUGACAGGCUGGAAGCCCUUGAAUCUCAUCCUGCUGAUGAACUAGAGAGGACAACAGGUGUAGCCAUCUUUGUACUGUCAACCUGGCUGGCCUCUCACCCCAAGGAUUUUGGCUCUGAGGUCAAGGGUCAGCUUGACCGUCUUGAGAGCUUCUUGCUUCGGACAGGGUAUGCAGCAGGGGAGGGUGUUGGGGGGGACAGCGCUGACCUCAUCCGCAACCUCCGGUCCCGGGUCGACUCCCAGGCCCCUGACCUUCCUAAGCCCCUGGCCCUCCCUGGCGAUACCCCUGCUGACCCCACGGAUGUACUGGUGUUCCUCGCUGACCACUUGGCCGAACAGCUGACCCUGCUAGAUGCGGAGCUGUUUCUCAAUUUGGUCCCCUCUCAGUGCCUGGGGGCCCUGUGGGGUCACAGAGACCGGCCAGGACAUUCCCACCUCUGCCCAUCUGUCCGAGCUACUAUAACACAGUUCAACAAGGUGGCAGGGACAGUGGUUAGCUCUGUCCUGGGAGCCACUUCAACUGGAGAGGGGCCUGGGGAGGUGACCAUACGGCCACUUCGUCCACCCCAGAGGGCCCGGCUCCUGGAGAAGUGGAUCCGUGUGGCAGAGGAGUGCCGACUGCUCCGAAACUUCUCUUCAGUUUAUGCUGUUGUAUCGGCUCUGCAGUCUAGCCCCAUCCACAGGCUUCGGGCAUCCUGGGGGGAAGCAGCCAGGGAUACCCUCAGAGUCUUUUCUAGCCUCUGCCAGAUUUUCUCCGAGGAGGAUAAUUAUUCCCAGAGCCGGGAGCUACUCUUGCAGGAGGUGAAGCUACAGCCCCCUCUGGAGCCGCACUCCAAGAAGGCCCCGAGGUCUGGCUCCCGGGGUGGGGGUGUGGUCCCAUACCUUGGCACCUUCCUGAAGGACCUGGUGAUGCUGGAUGCAGCCUCCAAGGAUGAGCUGGAGAAUGGAUACAUCAAUUUUGACAAGCGGAGAAAGGAGUUUGCUGUCCUUUCUGAGUUGCGGCGGCUCCAGAAUGAAUGUCGUGGCUAUGACCUCCGACCUGACCCUGAUAUCCAGCAGUGGCUACAGGGGCUCCGGCCACUGACAGAGGCCCAGAGUCACCGUGUGUCCUGUGAGGUGGAGCCACAUGGUACCAGUGAUCCUCCUGCUCCGCGGGUGCUUCGUCCAACGCUGGUCAUCUCGCAGUGGACAGAAGUUCUGGGCUCUGUUGGGGGCCCCACCCCCCUUGUGUCCUGGGACCGGCCAAGUGUGGGGGGAGAUGAGGUACCUGGAACCCCUGCUCCUCUGCUGACCCGGCUGGCCCAGCACAUGAAGUGGCCAUCUGUCUCAUCUCUGGACUCGGCUCUGGAAAGCAGUUCAUCCCUGCACAGUCCGGCUGACCCCAGCCACCUCUCCCCACCAACCUCCUCCCCUAGGCCUUCUCGAGGUCACCGCCGCUCAGCCUCCUGUGGCUCCCCACUGAGUGGGGAUACAGAAGGGGCCUCUAGGGGGAUUGGAUGUGGGGGAGGGGAAUCUGGGCCAGGGGCCUCUGAUUGUCAAAUCAUCCGAGUCCAAAUGGAGCUGGGAGAAGACGGCAGUGUGUACAAGAGCAUCUUGGUGACAAGCCAGGACAAGGCUCCAAGUGUCAUCAGUCGUGUCCUGAAGAAAAACAAUCGUGAUUCUGCAGUGGUUUCGGAGUAUGAGCUGGUACAGCUGCUACCAGGGGAGCGAGAGCUGACCAUCCCACCCUCGGCUAAUGUCUUCUAUGCUAUGGAUGGAGCUUCACACGAUUUCCUCCUCCGGCAGCGGCGAAGGCUCUCUACUGCUACGUUGGGCCUUGCCAGUGGCCCCUCUGCUUCAGGAACUCCCCCAAGUGAGGGAGGAGGGGGCUCCUUUCCCAGGAUUAAGGCCACAGGGAGGAAGAUUGCACGGGCACUGUUCUGAGAAGGAAGCCUUGUUGGCUUGCAGAAGUCAUGGUGUUCGUACCAGAUGUGGGUAGCCAUCCUGAAUGAUGGCAGUUAUUUCACACUGGGACAGAAACUCAGGUGGCCAGCCACCCUGGGGCAGUGAAGUGCCACUGGUUUACCAGACUGCUAAGAAAUCCAGCCCUGUGAGAACUGGUAAUCUCGUCACUAAGUUGGAUACUGUGUACAGCAUCCCACCUCCCAUGAAUGCAGCACAGCCAGUGCUGGAAAAAGGCAUCAGUUUCUGAUUCCUGGCCACAUCUUAGCAUGUGAAGAGCCAAAGAAAGGCCUAGAAAGGGGGCAGAGGGAGAGGCCUAGAGGCUCUGAGCUCCAGGGCAGAGGAGGAUGGCAAGGAGUAGGUUCUAGUAGGAGUUCCUUUUCCCACUCUGGGGGUUCCUGUCACUGUGACAACACUAAGACAAUAAACCAAAACACUACCUGAAUUCUACUCCCCUGUCCUUAUAGUGCAUAUGAAUUGGCUGCUGGGUUUGGGGGUGAGGAGUUGACUAAAUGCAGAAACCAUGGAACAGGAAGGGGCACAAUGUUUUCUACCUUCAUGAAGAGCUGAAUACAAGGAAAAUUAUU